CCAAGGCAGGAGUUCCCGCUUUCUCGGAGCUGGGAAGAGGGGUCGGGGCUGGCCAUCUGCCAGCUGGAGGCAGCCAGCACCGAAGGGGUUAAAGCCAGUCCGCAUGUGUGGCUGUUAAUGAUUGCUACCCACCAGGGGCCUGAUGAGUGUUAAAGGAGAGCCUUUUCCCUAUUCCUGAGUGUGAAAGGAGUCAGAGCAGAGGGCAUCGCAGAGAAGAGCCGCCAUAAUGAAAGACGGAACACAUUUCUACACCCACUGACCGGCCAGGCUCCAGAGGAAAACAGAAAGUUUGACUUGAAAAUAUCAGCUUUGGACAUGUCCAAUAAAGCAGGUGGGAAACGCUCAACUACCACCAACAGUGACCUAACCAACCACAGCAUGGUGUCUGAGGUCCCUCCAGAGCGGCCCAGUGUCCGGGCCGCGAGGCCAUCCCGGAAGGCCAUCGCUUUCGGCAAGCGCUCCCACUCCAUGAAGCGGAACCCCAGUGCUCCGGUCACCAAGGCAGGCUGGCUCUUCAAGCAGGCCAGCUCUGGAGUUAAGCAAUGGAAUAAGCGCUGGUUCGUCCUGGUAGAUCGCUGCCUCUUCUACUACAAAGACGAGAAGGAGGAGAGCGUCCUGGGCAGCGUGCCCCUCCUGAGCUUCCGGGUGGCCGCGGUGCAGCCCUCGGACAACAUCAGCCGGAAGCACACCUUUAAGGUGACUGUGUGCUGGGUGGAUGAGGCUGGGGCCAGUUCCACGCACUGCCUCUCCCCACAGGCUGAGCACGCUGGGGUCCGCACCUACUUCUUCAGCGCCGAGAGCCCCGAGGAGCAGGAGGCCUGGAUCCAGGCCAUGGGAGAGGCCGCCCGGGUACAGAUCCCCCCCGCCCAGAAGUCCGCGCCGCCCCAGGCUUCGCGUCACAACCAUGAGAAGCCAGACUCUGAGAACAUCCCACCCGGCAAACACCAUCAUCAGCUCCCCCACAACAGCGUUCCCAAGCCUGAACCGGAGGCCAAGACUCGUGGCGAGGGUGACGGCCGAGGCUGUGAGAAGGUGGAGCGGAGGCCCGAGCGGCCAGACAGGCCAGACGCCAAGAGCGAGCCACUGGCAAAAGCCAACGGUGUCCACGCCGGACCGGAACCCGCCUCAGAGCCGGGCAGCCCUUUCCCAGAAGGCCCGAGGGUCCCGGGAGGUGGGGAGCGGCCCGCCCAGCCCAAUGGCUGGCAGUAUAGCUCCCCCAGCCGGCCGGGGAGUACGGCCUUCCCACCUCAGGACUCCGAGAGCGGGGGUCACCGGCGGAGCUUCCCGCCACGCGCCAACCCCGACAAAAUCGCCCAGCGCAAGAGCUCCAUGAACCAGCUUCAGCAGUGGGUGAACCUGCGCCGAGGGAUACCCCCUCCUGAAGACCUUCGGAGUCCUUCUAGGUUCUACCCUGUGUCCCGUAGGGUCCCUGAGUAUUACAGCCCCUACUCCUCUCAGUACCCUGAUGAUUACCAGUACUACCCCCCAGGGGUGCGGCCAGACAGCAUCUGCUCGAUGCCGGCCUACGAUCGGAUCAGCCCGCCCUGGGCCCUGGAGGACAAGCGGCACUCCUUCCGGAAUGGAGGCGGCCCUGCCUUCCAGCUGCGCGAGUGGAAGGAGCCUGCUGGCUAUGGGCGGCCGGAUGGCACCGUCUGGAUCCCCAGCCCCUCCCGGCAGCCCGUCUACUACGACGAGCUGGAGGCCGCCUCCGGCUCCCUGCGCCGCCUGUCCCUGCAGCCCCGCUCCCACUCGGUGCCCCGCUCGCCCGGCCAGGGCUCCUAUGGCCGCGGCCGCGUGUACUCCCCCGCCCGCUCGCCCAGGGCCCAUUUUGAGCGGCUGCCGCCUCGCAGUGAGGACAUCUACACUGACCCUGCCGCCUACGUGAUGAGACGAUCCAUCAGCUCCCCCAAGGUCCCUCCAUACCCAGAAGUGUUCCAGGACAGCCUCCACACCUACAAGCUGAACGAGCAAGGCACAGACAAGCUGCUGGGCAAGUUGUGUGAGCAGAACAAGGCGGUGCGGGAGCAGGAGCGGCUGGUGCAGCAGCUGCGAGCUGAGAAGGAGAGCCUGGAAAGUGCCUUGAUGGGGACCCACCAGGAACUGGAGAUGUUUGGAAGCCAGCCCGCCUACCCAGAGAAGCUGCUUCACAAGAAGGAGUCGCUGCAGAACCAGCUCAUCAACAUCCGGGUGGAGCUGUCUCAGGCAACCACGGCCCUGGCGAACAGCACCCUGGAGUAUGAGAGCCUGGAGGCAGAGGUCUCUGCCCUGCACGACGAGCUCUGGGAGCAGCUCAGCUUGGACCUGCAGAAUGAGGUGCUCAACCGGCAAAUCCAGAAGGAGAUCUGGAGGAUCCAGGAUGUAAUGGAGGGGCUGAGGAAGAAUAACCCAUCCCGGGGCACAGACACAGCCAAGCACAGAGGAGGACUUGGCCCCUCGGGCACCUACAGCUCCAACAGCCCCGCCAGCCCUCUGAGCUCCGCCAGCCUCACCAGCCCACUGAGCCCCUUCUCUCUGGUGUCUGGCUCUCAGGGGUCCCCCACCAAACCUGGCUUCACUGAGCCCAAGGCAAACUACGAGCAAAGCAAGAGAGACCCCCAGCAGACAUCCCCCCUGGACACCUCUAGAGACAUUAGCCUUGUGUCCACCAGGCAAGAGGUUGAGGCAGAGAAGCAGGCGGCUCUCAACAAAGUGGGCAUCGUACCCCCACGGACCAAGUCACCCACUGAUGAAGAAGUGACUCCAUCGAGGGUGGUGAGGCGGAGUGCCAACGGGCUCACCAAUGGCCUCUCCUCCCGGCAGGAGCGCCCCAAGAGUGCUGUGUUCCCUGGCGAAGGCAAGGCCAAAAUGAGCGUGGAGGAGCAGAUGGACCGCAUGCGGCGGCGCCAGAGCGGCUCCGCGAGGGACAAGCGGAGGAGCCUGCAGCUCCCAGCCAGCCCCGCCCCCGACCCCGCCGCCCGGCCCGCCUACAAAGUGGUGCGCCGCCACCGCAGCAUCCACGAGGUAGACAUCUCCAACCUGGAGGCGGCCCUGCGAGCCGAGGAGCCCGGCGGGCAGGCCUACGAGACGCCGCGGGAGGAGAUCGCCCGGCUGCGCAAGAUGGAACUGGAGCCCCAGCAUUAUGACGUGGAUAUCAACAAGGAGCUCUCCACCCCGGACAAAGUCCUCAUCCCUGAGCGGUACAUUGACCUGGAGCCCGACAUGCCCCUGAGCCCAGAGGAGCUGAAGGAGAAGCAGAAGAAGGUAGAGAGGAUCAAGACGCUCAUUGCCAAGUCCAGUAUGCAGAACGUGGUGCCCGUCGGCGAGGGGGACUUUGUGGACGUGCCCCAGGACUCAGAGAGCCAGCUGCAGGAGCAGGAGAAGCGGAUUGAAAUCUCCUGUGCCCUGGCGACCGAGGCCUCCCGCAGAGGCCGCAUGCUGUCUGUGCAAUGUGCCACCCCAAGCCCUCCCACCUCCCCUGCCUCCCCGGCUCCACCAGCCAACCCCCUACCGUCUGAACCCCCGCGGGGCACCGACAGCAGCCAUGUCAUGCGGGUCUGAGCUCUGACUGCAAGCCCUGGCCGAAGCCAACGCCGUGAAGCUCCAGAGAGCCACGUUCUGAAGCCCGCCUCUGCCCAUCUGCCCACCCUGGCCCCCCG